AUGUGUAAAGGACUCUCCUCCCUGCCCUCCUCAUGCCUGGAGAAGGCAAAAGAGAUGCGGGUGAUGUUCGGCCAUCUGGCUGAGACACACCACAAGCAAAAGGAUGGAAAAACUCUUCAGGACCUGGAAACUCUGCUAAACAACAAAGGUGGCCUGCAGGCGUUUCGUGGGUUCCUGCGUUCAGAGUUCAGUGAGGAGAACCUGGAGUUCUGGCUGGCAUGUCAGGACUACAGGGUUUUGCCCUCAAACCUGCAAAAGACCAAGGCCAGCGGCAUCUACAGCCAGUUCAUCAACCCUGAUGCACCGCAGGAGGUCAACCUGGACGCGGAGACCCGUGAGGCUCUGCUGAGUGUGAUGGACUCUCCGUGUGCCGACACGUUCAAGACGGCACAGCAGACGAUCUACAACCUGAUGGCUAAAGACUCCUUCCCUCGCUUCCGGCGCUCCCACCACUCCGUAGAGGCCAUUAGGGCUUUUUAA